UCAUCCGGAACCAGAGAAGAGGACAAAGAGAAAAGUAGAACAAAGCUUGUCGUUUCUGGGUUUUCUGCAACAGACAAUAUCAGAGUUAUUUGAGCAAAGUGGCUUCGGUAUUAUUUACAAUUCUGUAUCAAUGGCGUCUCCACAGGAGCUUUGGAUUUUGGAAAACGGUGGAAACAACAAUUUUAAUGGUUCAAGCAAAGAAAAUCUUCACGGGAGAACCGCUCACAACAUGUCAUCGUCAUCGCUGCGUAAGAAAUCCGAUCUUGCGAUCGUCUCUAAGGUUCGGUGUGGGUUUCUGAGAUUGAUCAUGGCGAACCUGCAAGAGGUCAUCUUGGGGACGAAGCUCUCUGUUCUCUUUCCUGUCAUUCCCCUUUCCUUCUUCGCUUCUAUUUACAAUUUUGGAACGCCAUGGCUUUUCGCAUUUAGUCUGGUUGGACUUACCCCACUUGCUGAAAGAGUCAGCUUCCUCACUGAACAAGUUGCAUUCUACACUGGUCCAACAGUGGGAGGGCUACUGAAUGCAACAUGUGGAAAUGCAACAGAGCUGAUAAUAGCAUUACUUGCUCUUCACCAGAACAAGAUAGAGGUGGUGAAGUGCUCCCUUUUGGGUUCUGUGCUUUCAAACCUCCUUCUUGUCCUUGGGAGUUCUCUUUUUUGUGGUGGCUUAGUAAAUAUCAGAAAGGAACAGAAAUAUGACAGAAAGCAAGCAGACGUGAACUUCUUUCUGCUGUUGCUGGGCCUUCUGUGCAACAUGGUACCUCUUCUUUUAAAAUACACCACAAGCGCUACAUCUACGUCUAUCAGAGCAGCAGACCCAAGUCUCCAGUUGUCAAGAGUGACCAGUAUCUUAUUGCUUAUUGCAUACUCUGGUUAUCUCUUAUUCCAAUUGAAGACCCAUAGGCAGUUAUGCGACUCCCAAGAGGACGAACAUGAAGAUGAUGAUGACGAUGUAGUGGGUUCUGAAGAAGAGGCUGUGAUCUCAUUGUGGAAUGCAUUUGCUUGGCUUGUGGUAAUGACAGUCCUCAUAGCCCUGCUCUCAGAAUACGUUGUUGCUACUAUUGAGGAUGCAUCAGAGUCAUGGGGUAUUUCAGUGAACUUCAUCAGCAUAAUCUUGCUACCAAUUGUUGGAAAUGCAGCAGAACAUGCAGGAGCAAUCAUAUUUGCUUUCAAGAACAAGUUGGACAUAUCUUUGGCAGUUGCUCUGGGUUCUGCAACACAAAUUUCCAUCUUUGUGCUUCCUUUGAGUGUGCUUGUUGCAUGGAUCAUGGGUAUUGAGAUGGACCUUGGUUUCAACAUACUUGAGACUGGUUCUCUUGCUUUAGCAGUGAUUAUCACAGUCUUCACUUUACAGGAUGGGACUUCACAUUACUUGAAAGGAUUGGUUCUCUUGCUUUGCUACAUUGUUAUCGGGGCUUGCUUUUUUGUUCUCAGAACUCCACUUCACAAAGAAAAUGCUCUCACCAUUUAAGCUGAAUCAUCAUCUGGAGUAGUUUUGGCUGCUUAAUUGGCAAUGGCCAUUAAUGGGUUUAAUCCCCAAUGAAGAUCUGUGGAGCUACUAACUAUGGUGGACUCCUCUUGAGCCUCAAAGCAUUCUCCAUUCGUUCAUUUUAAAUUGGUUUUCUCAGUAUGAAACAAAAUCACAAAUUAGAUCUUGCUUCUAUCCAUUGAGGAUUUCAGCUGUGAAUUAAAAGCCCAAGUGACUCCCCAGAGUCAUUAAAAUCGAUUGAGAAUAUUAUGAUACCAAAACAGGGCGCCCUUGCAGCUGGAGAUGGGCACAUGUAUGGUAAAUCUUUUUCACUAGGAAUGGAUAAGCACUGUGUUGCUUGCUUGCUUCUUUC